AUGGGUGACUGGGGCCACCGUGUCAACAUCGUAGAGAUGCAGCAAAUGUACCUGGAAGCUGUACAAGUCAGCCUCGUGGACAUGGAGGUGGAUAUUGGGCGAUACGAAGACAGCUAUGUCCUCGAUAAGGUGAUGAGGAAGAAUCGCGUAGGGCCUGGAGAAAUUACCAACCGGCCCCGUAGGACAUAUGAAGAUAUGGAACUUGACGCCUUUCCUUCUGGUCCUUGGAUCAAUGAAGAGAACCCGGAACCUCUUGGUGGAACGCGGAAUACAUCGGCCAAGGCAGUGCUACGGCGCAACUUGUGGUGGAAGAUGAUUGGGGCAGUGGUCCGCAGCGCUUUUCUUGUCGGCCCGAUGUGGUUGCUGGUGCUGAAUCGUGAGCUUUAUCUCAAACUUGGGGUAGCCAGAGGCUUCGUCUUUGCUUUUGGACUUCUCAUGGUUGGCUGCGUAGAUCGACUCGAGCAGGUCUUUAUACCAACUCUCAGAUAUGCUGCGGUUCUCAUGGCGUUUGUUGGAGUUAUGUUUGACAAACAGUUUCCUGAGGGCGGAGGAGGUUGGAGAUUCAAUGGAAUUUUCGUGGUAUGA